AAAGUUCUUGAAGCAGAGAGAACAUGGGCCAGGGAUGUGGAAGACCUGCCUUCUAGCUGCUAUUGACCCUGGGAAAGUGUGCCUUAGUGUUGCUUUUGUAUACCAUGAGGAGAUUGGACUGUUUGAAUCUAGAACUCAGAAAGUUGGAAGGGAUCUUAAAGCCCUCUGAGAAAGAGUUUGGGAAUGUUCUUCAUUGCUGUCACUUUUCCUCCAGAAAUAACCUGGCUUGGAAGUCAUUGGUCCAAAGGGAAUUUGAGUCUCCGUAGAAGUUGGAGAACAGUUAAUGCUAGUAGAGAGAAACAGCUAUAUGUCCGCUUGAUUAAUAAACCCUCUAACCGAUUCUGGUACGAAUUUUGGAGACAUAAAGAGAAUGAGUAUAUGUACCUUAAGUGUACCAGUUUCCUCACUCUCUCCUGGUAGAAGAUGCAGCACUUUUAAUGGUGCUGGGAUUCUGGGGUGUGUUUCUAUUAAUUCUAGUUCAGAUGAAGAAGAUGUGGUAGACGGGAAGAUGGUGGCAGAAGGGAUGGAUAGAGAGGCAAAAUUGCCUGCUAAAAAAAAGAGAAAGAAGGGAUUGCGGAUUAAAGGGAAAAGACGACGGAAAAAACUGAUCCUUGCAAAAAAAUUUAGUAAGGAUUUGGGAUCUGGAAGGCCGGUUGCAGAUGCUCCUGCGUUGUUAACCUCCAGUACGCCUGAGCAGGACGAAGAAAGUCUUUUUGAGAAUAAUAUAGAAAAACAGAUUUAUCUACCUAGUACCAGAGCCAAGACCUCCAUUGUGUGGCACUUCUUCCAUGUCGACCCACAGUACACCUGGCGGGCUAUUUGUAACCUCUGUGAAAAAAGUGUUAGCAGGGGUAAACCAGGCAGCCAUCUUGGGACAUCUACUCUUCAACGACAUCUGCAGGCCAGGCAUUCACCUCACUGGACCAGGGCCAACAAAUUUGGAGUUGCUAAUGGGGAGGAGGAUUUUACUUUGGAGCUACCUUUGUCUCCCUCUUCUGCUGGAAGCAAUGGAAGUUUUGAAUAUAUCCCUACUGAUUCUUUAGAUGAUAAUAGAGUAGGCAAGAAGCGGGAGAAAUCAGUAUCUGAUGCCUUGAGGGCAGAAAGAGGGAGAUUUCUCAUCAAAAGUAAUAUUGUCAAGCAUGCCUUAAUUCCUGGAACAAGAGCCAAGACAUCUGCAGUUUGGAAUUUCUUUUAUACUGAUCCUCAGCACAUCUCCAGAGCUGUGUGUAAUAUAUGUAAAAGAAGCGUGAGCCGUGGUAGGCCAGGUUCUCACUUAGGAACUUCAACACUUCAACGACACCUACAGGCCACACAUCCCAUCCAUUGGGCUGUUGCCAAUAAAGACAGUGGUACAGGUGGAAAUGGAUUAGAUGAGGCUGAGGCUGAGACUGAGAGAAACGAUCUCUUGAGCAAUACUUUGCAUGGAGAGAAGUCUACAGGCAGCCAUGAUUUAACAGUUGAGGAUCUUAGUGACUCUGAGUCAGAUGAACCUCCUGUCUUAGAGAUUGAAAGCCGAAGAUCUGAGAGUCCUGUUCCUGUUACAGAGCAAGAUUCUGUGCUGCAAGCACAGGAGAGAGAAACGUGUGAAAAUUCAGUCUCAAUUCAAAUAAGUCAGGCAAUUAUUCAGAUGAUUGUGGAGGAUAUGCAUCCUUACAACUACUUUUCAACCCCAGCUUUUCAGAGGUUUAUGCAGAUUGUAGCCCCUGACUAUAGGUUACCGUCAGAGACUUACUUUUUUACUAAGGCUGUACCUCAGUUGUAUGAUUGGGUCAGAGAAAAAAUCUUCUUGACUUUGGAGAAUGUUCAAAGCCAGAAGAUUCACCUGACUGUGGACAUAUGGACCCACGACCCGUCCACUGACUAUUUCAUUGUGACCGUGCACUGGGUCUCUUUGGAAACUACACCUUCUUUCAGUGAUGGCACGUGCCCCAAUUUGAGAAAGUGGGCAGUGCUUUGUGUAACAGGUUUGGCCAAAGACUGCUUGGUGACUAAUAUUUUACAAGAGUUAAAUGACCAGAUUGGUCUGUGGCUUUCUCCUAAUUUCCUCAUCCCCCGCUUCAUUGUUUCUGACAAUUCCUCUAAUGUGGUCCAUGCAAUCAAAGAUGGUGGCUUUACCCAUGUGCCAUGCUUUCUGCAUUGUUUAAAUAUAGUCAUUCAGGACUUUUUCUGUGAACACAAAAGCAUUGAGAAUAUGUUAGUGGCUGCUAGGAAAACCUGUCAUCAUUUUAGUCAUUCAGUCAAGGCUCGUCAGAUACUGCAAGAAUUCCAAAAUGAUCACCAACUUCCAUGGAAGAAUUUGAAGCAGGAUGAAACUGGCCACUGGAUUUCUACUUUUUAUAUGUUAAAGUGGCUCUUGGAGCAUUGCUACUCAGUUCACCAUAGUCUUGGUAGAGCUAGUGGGGUUGUGCUAACGUCCCUUCAGUGGACUCUAAUGACUUAUGUUUGUGAUAUUCUUAAGCCGUUUGAGGAGGCCACUCAGAGAGUGAGUGUGAAGACCACAGGAUUGAAUCAGGUGCUACCCCUAAUCCAUCAUCUACUUCUUUCUCUGCAGAAACUCAGAGAAGAUUUUCAGGUCAGAGGUAUUACUCAGGCACUCAAUCUGGUGGACAGUUUAUCUCUGAAACUUGAAACUGAUACCCUACUAAGUGCCAUGCUCAAGUCCAAGCCCUGUAUCUUGGCUGCUUUGUUAGAUCCUUGCUUUAAAAACAAAUUGGAAGACUUUUUCCCUCAAGGUGCUGAUUUAGAAACAUAUAAACAGAUCCUUGCAGAAGAAGUUUGUAAUUACAUGGAAUCUUCACCAGAAGUCUGCCAUAUUGCAACUCCAGAAUCUUCUGGUCCCUCAACUAUAGUAGGAACUGAUUCAUUUACCUCAUCUAUAGGAGAAGGUAUCUCCAGUUCAGGGUCUAUUGAUAGCUCAACUGCAGAUAUUGUUGCCAUUGGAAGCAAAAGCUUCAUGUUUCCUUCUGCUAUAGCAGUAGUGGAUGAAUAUUUCAAAGAGAAGUACGCAGAGAUCUCAGGAGGUGAUGACCCUUUGAUUUACUGGCAGAGGAAGGUGAGCAUAUGGCCUGCUUUGACCCAAGUUGCUAUUCAGUAUCUGAGCUGCCCCAUGUGUAGCUGGCAAUCUGAGUGUAUCUUUACUACAAAUAGCCACUUUCAUCCAAAGCAGACCGUGAGCCUGGACUUUGACAAUAUAGAACAGCUGAUGUUUCUGAAAAUGAACUUGAAAAAUGUUAACUAUGAUUAUUCUACAUUGGUUCUGAGCUGGGAUCCUGACAAUGAAGUUGUUCAAAACAACGAAAAAGAAAUACUAUCUUAA